CACAUUACAGAUGCAAAACAGGGUACAGAUCAACAGAUAACAUAGGCUGCCCACAUCCUGUAUGUGACAAUCAAAUCCAGUCCGCUGCUUGCAACAUCAACUACAGGUCAUCUCACAUCGUCUACAGUAACGGCAGGACACAGUACAAGAGUGGGGGCAGAUGUACUUCCCCUGGGAUCUGUUCCAGCUGUAAUGCAGGUUUUUACCCCAGGAGAGAACGAUGCAGAAUGUGCAGCGCCAUCGGUAAGUGUGACCUGGAGACAUGCACUAGCAGCAGCAACCAGGUGUGUCGUCGCUGUGAUGGGGUCGUGCUGGACCAGGCAGGACACAGGGCAUAUGUGGCGUCUUCGAGUCGGAGAUCAUGCAUACAGGCGUGUUCAUGGCGGAGUGACAGCACCCGGUGUUAUCCCGGGACCUGCAGGAACGAGUACGCCAGUAGCUGUGCCUGCUCCAGCGGCUUCACAGGGAAACAUUGUCAGACAAUAACAACGAAGCCCACAAUAAACUCCAACCUCCUUCGACUGACCGCCAGCAAUGGUGACACGACAGAGGCACCUCCCAACAUCAACAGUGGUCCAUCUCAGUCCACCAACUGGUCAAACAUCAACUCUCCAUCCAGACUGUACUACAAGUUUACGGCAGAAUACAAAAUGGUACCUCCAUCCAGACAUGCCUUCAUUGAAAACUUCCGUGUGGGAAUUGUCAGUGGUACAGCUACAUUCAAACUAAAGAGAGGUGCAGGUGUUGUCUCCACUAAGGUCUAUAACUGUGGAGGAGCCAGCCGAAGCAGCCCGGACACAGACCUGUACACCUGUGAAGGAAACUCAUCAGGGACGUCUGUACUACCUCUACCCUUCCAUCACAGAGAUGUUAUUGUGGUUUCCUACAAGGCGACCAACGGUGGAUAUGUUAAAGUCCGCAACAAAGAGACAAAGAACCUUGCGACCUUCUACUACAGUGGUGCAUCACAGACCCGUACCUUUACUAUGACCAUUGACCUGGUGCCUCCCUAUCACUGUACGGGUAGUUCUACCUGUGUUGGCAGCAUGUUGACAGCUCCAAAUGCUAUCACAACAUCCACAUUGAACCUCCGUUGGAGUGGCUGGUCAGAUACUGAUGCAGGUAUCAACCACUUUGUGAGGGAAGUGUAUGAACUUCACGCUGUUGGGGAUGUACUCAGAGAUAAACGUCGGAUAGCCAGGAUGUUUUUAGCAAGCUACAAGACCAGCGACAAGUUCAGAGUCUUCAAAUCAGGGGUGUAUUCUAUAGUAUUAUCUGCCUACGACAAGGCUGGUAAUUACAGAAGUGCUCGACGAAUCAUGGUGUAUGAUGGUACUUCAACUGUAACAGCUCAGGCUAAUAAAAAACUACGUGUGAUGACAGCAGCGUCAGCAUCAGCGUGGCAAACGACCUCAUCUGCAGUGACAGUAGACUGGACCAACAGAUACAUCAACACAGUCCACCACAACAACAAGUGGCUCCUGGGCGUGGCUUCUCAUGGCAACAUCAGUUCGGACUAUGAUGAUAACGAGGGAAGCAGAGGUAUAGGUGAAGUCAGAAAUGUUCAAGGAAUCACACGUUUCCGAACAUCUUACAAAGUCGACCACCAAGGAGGGUCGUCCAUCACCAGUCCACCAGAUGAUAACCUGUUCACCAGUCAAGGUCUGAAUCAGUCACAGACCAUAACACCCUCACUAGUGGACGGGGACACUGUACGCUUCUGGAUACGAGCUUAUGACAUCGUGUUGAAAAUGAAAGAAGAGAAUGCAACAGUUCACAUCGACACAUCACCUCCAGUCAUAGAGAACCUGUGGCUCUCUAGAAGCAGCUGUCUCAACAUCAGUACACGUCUUGUAGAGGAACUUCAUGAUGUAAUAGUGGAGUUUGAUGUGUACGAUGAACACAGUGGAGUGGAAGAGAUGGAAUGGAGAAUAGUAGAAAAAGAGGAAGACAAGGACAUAGUGUUAGCUAUCCAUGACAUCUCGAUUCAAAGCCAACGUACUCUAGAUGACUGCAAGACCAUGCAUGAUGCAAGGGAUGGUAACUGUUAUUGUACUCCAGCUGGCACAUGUUAUCAUUCCAACUACCAAGUGAAACCAGCCCUGGCAGACAUAAGGGACGUCAAGCUGUCUGAAGGAAAGGCUUACUGGUUUCAAGUCACAGCUACAAAUUAUGCUAAACUCCAAACUGAACAGGAAGUAAAGAUCCAAAUGGAUGCUAACCCCCUUCAUCCAGGCGUUGUCCACGAUGGUCAGCCUGGACAACCGGAAGUGGACUACCAGGACAAUCUACAGCUCCACGCCCACUGGGAAGGAUUCUUUGACAGAGAGAGUGCAAUUGUCUUUUACCAGUACACUUUCGGACCAAGAUGUUUACAGGGACACGUGUUUGACCUCAACAAAACCCAAAACAUGGAAUCAACACGCACUACGGAAGCCACAUGGACAGCACCGUCUUGUGGAAAGUUUUACAUAACUGUGGUCGCCUAUAAUGGAGCUCAGCAGAGAAGCGAUGCUGUUUGUUCAGAUGGAGUGGAGACGUGCAAGCCCUCCCCUGUCUUCAAUACCUGUUCCUGGCGAAGUGACAGCACCAGAUGUUAUCCAGGAACCUGCAAGGGAGAGUAUGCCAGUAACUGUUCCUGCUCAAGUGGCUUUACUGGACAACACUGCCAGACAAUAACAACGGAACCCACAAUAAACUCCACACUCUUUCGCUUGACCACCAGCAAUGGGGACACAGCCAUGGAACCUUCCAUCAUCAACAGUGGCCAAUUUCAGUCCACCACCUGGUCAAACGUCACGUCUCCAUCCAGAAUGUACUACAAGUUUACGGCAAAAUACAAAAUGGUACCUCCAUCCAGACAUGCAUUCAUUGAAGACUUCCGUAUUGGAAUUGUCGGCGGCUCUGCAUCAUUCAAACUGGAGAGACGAUGGUGUGUUGUUUCAACCAUGAUAACCAUCUGUGGAGGAGCCAGUCGAAGCAGCCCGGAGACAGACCUGUACACCUGUGAAGGAAACAUAUCAAGGACAUCUUUACUUCUUCUACCCUUCCAACAUAAAGAUGUUAUUGUGGUUUCCUACAAGGCGACCAACGGUGGAUAUGUUAAAGUCCGCAACAAAGAGACAAAGAACCUUGCGACCUUCUACUACAGUGGUGCAUCACAGACCCGUACCUUUACUAUGACCAUUGACCUGGUGCCUCCCUAUCACUGUACGGGUAGUUCUACCUGUGUUGGCAGCAUGUUGACAGCUCCAAAUGCUAUCACAACAUCCACAUUGAACCUCCGUUGGAGUGGCUGGUCAGAUACUGAUGCAGGUAUCGACCACUUUGUGAGGGAAGUGUAUGAACUUCACGCUGUUGGGGAUGUACUCAGAGAUAAACGUCGGAUAGCCAGGAAGCUUUUAGCAAGCUACAAGACCAGCGACAAGUUCAGAGUCUUCAAAUCAGGGGUGUAUUCUGUAGUAUUAUCUGCCUACGACAAGGCUGGUAAUUACAGAAGUGCUCGACGAAUCAUGGUGUAUGAUGGUACUUCAACUGUAACAGCUCAGGCUAAUAAAAAACUACGUGUGAUGACAGCAGCGUCAGCAUCAGCGUGGCAAACGACUUCAUCUGCAGUGACAGUAGACUGGACCAACAGAUACAUCAACACAGUCCAUUACAACAACAAGUGGCUCCUGGGCGUGGCUUCUCAUGGCAACAUCAGUUCGGACUAUGAUGAUAACGAGGGAAGCAGAGGUAUAGGUGAAGUCAGAAAUGUUCAAGGAAUCACACGUUUCCGAACAUCUUACAAAGUCGACCACCAAGGAGGGUCGUCCAUCACCAGUCCACCAGCUGAUAACCUGUUCACCAGUCAAGGUCUGAAUCAGUCACAGACCAUAACACCCUCACUAGUGGACGGGGACACUGUGCGCUUCUGGAUACGAGCUUAUGACAUCGUGUUGGAAAUGAAAGAAGAGAAUGCAACAGUUCACAUCGACACAUCACCUCCAGUCAUAGAGAACCUGUGGCUCUCUAGAAGCAGCUGUCUCAACAUCAGUACACGUCUUGUAGAGGAACUUCAUGACGUAAUAGUGGAGUUUGAUGUGUACGAUGAACACAGUGGAGUGGAAGAGAUGGAAUGGAGAAUAGUAGAAAAAGAGGAAGACAAGGACACAGUGUUAGCUAUCCAUGACAUCUCGAUUCAAAGCCAACGUACUCUGGAUGACUGCAAGACCAUGCAUGAUGCAAGGGAUGGUAACUGUUAUUGUACUCCAGCUGGCACAUGUUAUCAUUCCAACUACCAAGUGAAACCAGCCCUGGCAGACAUAAGGGACGUCAAGCUGUCUGAAGGAAAGGCUUACUGGUUUCAAGUCACAGCUACAAAUUAUGCUAAACUCCAAACUGAACAGGAAGUAAAGAUCCAAAUGGAUGCUAAUCCCCUUCAUCCAGGCGUUGUCCACGAUGGUCAGCCUGGACAACCGGAAGUGGACUACCAGGACAAUCUACAGCUCCACGCCCACUGGGAAGGAUUCUUUGACAGAGAGAGUGCAAUUGUCUUUUACCAGUACACUUUCGGACCAAGAUGUUUACAGGGACACGUGUUUGACCUCAACAAAACUCAAAACAUGGAAUCAACACGCACUACGGAAGCCACAUGGACAGCACCGUCUUGUGGAAAGUUUUACAUAACUGUGGUCGCCUAUAAUGGAGCUCAGCAGAGAAGCGAUGCCGUUUGUUCAGAUGGAGUGGAGACGUGCAAGCCCUCCCCUGUCUUCAAUACCUGUUCCUGGCGAAGUGACAGCACCAGAUGUUAUCCAGGAACCUGCAAGGGAGAGUAUGCCAGUAACUGUUCCUGCUCAAGUGGCUUUACUGGACAACACUGCCAGACAAUAACAACGGAACCCACAAUAAACUCCACACUCUUUCGCUUGACCACCAGCAAUGGGGACACAGCCAUGGAACCUUCCAUCAUCAACAGUGGCCAAUUUCAGUCCACCACCUGGUCAAACGUCACGUCUCCAUCCAGAAUGUACUACAAGUUUACGGCAAAAUACAAAAUGGUACCUCCAUCCAGACAUGCAUUCAUUGAAGACUUCCGUAUUGGAAUUGUCGGCGGCUCUGCAUCAUUCAAACUGGAGAGACGAUGGUGUGUUGUUUCAACCAUGAUAACCAUCUGUGGAGGAGCCAGUCGAAGCAGCCCGGAGACAGACCUGUACACCUGUGAAGGAAACAUAUCAAGGACAUCUUUACUUCCUCUACCCUUCCAACAUAAAGAUGUUAUUGUGGUUUCCUACAAGGCGACCAACGGUGGAUAUGUUAAAGUCCGCAACAAAGAGACAAAGAACCUUGCGACCUUCUACUACAGUGGUGCAUCACAGACCCGUACCUUUACUAUGACCAUUGACCUGGUGCCUCCCUAUCACUGUACGGGUAGUUCUACCUGUGUUGGCAGCAUGUUGACAGCUCCAAAUGCUAUCACAACAUCCACAUUGAACCUCCGUUGGAGUGGCUGGUCAGAUACUGAUGCAGGUAUCGACCACUUUGUGAGGGAAGUGUAUGAACUUCACGCUGUUGGGGAUGUACUCAGAGAUAAACGUCGGAUAGCCAGGAAGCUUUUAGCAAGCUACAAGACCAGCGACAAGUUCAGAGUCUUCAAAUCAGGGGUGUAUUCUGUAGUAUUAUCUGCCUACGACAAGGCUGGUAAUUACAGAAGUGCUCGACGAAUCAUGGUGUAUGAUGGUACUUCAACUGUAACAGCUCAGGCUAAUAAAAAACUACGUGUGAGUACAGCAGCGUCAGCAUCAGCGUGGCAAACGACCUCAUCUGCAGUGACAGUAGACUGGACCAACAGAUACAUCAACACAGUCCACCACAACAACAAGUGGCUCCUGGGCGUGGCUUCUCAUGGCAACAUCAGUUCGGACUAUGAUGAUAACGAGGGAAGCAGAGGUAUAGGUGAAGUCAGAAAUGUUCAAGGAAUCACACGUUUCCGAACAUCUUACAAAGUCGACCACCAAGGAGGGUCGUCCAUCACCAGUCCACCAGCUGAUAACCUGUUCACCAGUCAAGGUCUGAAUCAGUCACAGACCAUAACACCCUCACUAGUGGACGGGGACACUGUGCGCUUCUGGAUACGAGCUUACGACAUCGUGUUGGAAAUGAAAGAAGAGAAUGCAACAGUUCACAUCGACACAUCACCUCCAGUCAUAGAGAACCUCAGUAUAUAUUGGGUGGAGGAACUUCAGGAUGUAAUAAUGGAGUUUGGUGUGUACGAUGAACACAGUGGAUUGGAAACGUUGGAAUGGAGAAUCGUCGAAAAACGGCACGAUGAGGACAUAGUAUUAACUUUCCAUGACAUCUCUAUUCAAGGCCAACGUACUCUGGAUGACUGCAAGACCAGGCAUGAUGCAAGGGAUGGUAACUGUUAUUGUACUCCAGCUGGCACAUGUUAUCAUUCCAACUACCAAGUGAAACCAGCGCUAGCAGACAUAAGGGACGUCAAGUUGGCUGAAGGAAAGGCUUACUGGUUUCAGGUCACAGCUACAAAUCAUGCUAAACUCCAAACUGAACAGGAAGUAAAGUUCCAAAUGGAUGCUAGCCCCCAUCAUGCAGGCGUUGUCCACGAUGGUCAGUCUGGACAACCAGAAGUGGACUACCAGGACAGUCUACAGCUCCACGCCCACUGGGAAGGAUUCUUUGACAGAGAGAGUGCAGUCAACUUGUAUCAGUACACUUUCGGUCCCAGAUGUUUACAGGGACACUUGUUUGACCUAAACAAACCCAAAGCCAUGGAGUCAACACGCACUACUGAAGCUACAUGGACAGCACCGUCCUGUGGAAAGUUUUACAUAACUGUGGUCGCCUAUAAUGGAGCUCAGCAGAGAGGCGAUGCUGUUUGUUCAGAUGGAGUGGAGACGUGCAAACACUCUCCUGUCUCCGGUAUCCUAUUGGUCGGAAGAAACCUGGUACUGCUGGUGUCGGCUACUGCGUGCUCUGUGGUUGCAGUUGUAGGCAUAGUCGUUGGAGUUGUUGUCUGCAGGAGGAAACGAAGAGGUAACCCGGAGACUUCUGAUCAAGCUGUGUACAACAGCACAGGGUCAUCUAAAAAUGAUAAACCUAAGAAGACAAAACCCAGAGGCAAAACGAGUAAACCUGAAGCGAAGGCGCAUCACACGCUUGAUGUAACUUCUCGCGAAACUGGCCCUGAGGGACUAUACUGUUCUAUACAGACUCCUGGGUUGGACGAAACAAACCUGUAGGAACCCGUUGAAUGUAAACAGUGGCGAACUAGCCACUAUUAUCUCCAACAGUACAUCAGAUGCCUGAUAUGAAAAAAUCUGAAUGCUACAUGAACUGACACACGUACACACGUGACCAAUCCAAACCAAGAGAUCAAGUAUAACCGCCUUUGGUGUUUAUAUCCUGCCUGUCUGAACACAAAUAUAACGAGGAUUUACUUGUGCAGCUUUUGCGCUUCUAUAUCGCAAUACGAUGAAGUGAGUUUACGGGGAAAUUCUCAUUUGUGAGUUGUUCAAACAUAAGUACCAGGUACGUCCCGAGGCCAUGAUUCAAAUUGUGCAACAUCUUUGACAUGCGAAGGUCGUCCUGUCAACAACAAAAUGGCUUUGUUGAUUUUGGGGCUGUCUACUAGAGGUCAUUAAUAUGUUUGUUUGUUGUUAAAUGCCGUAAGCAAUAUUUUAGCUAUAUCGCGGCGGUCUUUAAUUAAUCGAGUGUGGACAAGACAAUCCAGUGAUCAAAAGCGUACCCGUGGGCUUUAAUCUACGCAGUUUUGAUACGAUGUCAUGUGUCAACCAAAUUGGCAAGCCCGACCUCCCGACCCCGACAGUCGCCUCUUACGACAAGCAUGUGCGGCUCAAUUCUCAGCCAGAUGUUCACGGGUCUCAUUAACAUUUACGUUUAUGUGAUACUAAGAUAUGAUAUGGCAUAUUUGUACUUUAUGAAUAGUCACAUGAUUUAAUAGCAUUGCGAAAGCGAGGUAAAUUGUUUUUGUACUUCUUUUACAUAACAUGCAAUUCACAGCUCUGAACAUUCUUCAGUUGCUAAAAUCUCUACUUUAAUAUACAGUCAACUAUAAUGGGACACGAUAUUUACCCUCUCACAGCUCUUUUCUGACAGUGUCAUAUUUCUAUUUUGUCAUAUUGUCACCUUAUCUCUUAUCUGGCCUCUCUCCCGUCAGUUCCAUUUCUUUAUUUGUUUUGCUUCUUUGGGAAAAUUAAAACUGUUCUGAACUUUA